AUGAAUUUUGUAUGUGUACUAGCAGAUUACAAUGCGUUUGUAUGUGUGUCAGCAGAUUUUAGUAGUGGCGGUGCUUUUGGAGUGUCUGUGUUUGAGGCAGCUGUGAAGCAUGAAAACAAGGUUCAAAAGAUAUCACGACUUGAUUUCAUUUUUCACUACUUGUCUGUUUCUGCGUUUGUUUGCUUAUCUUCAGUUUUGGUCUACAAACGAAGCUGUGUGGUGGAGGUACAGGUUUUGGAGGAGGAUGAGAAGGUAGUGGUGGUGGCCAGCAGCGGUUCAUGUGUCUCUGUUGAAAGUAUUGAGAUGCUUUCCAGUUUAAACAUCCCCUGGGUUAUUCUCAACCUCUUUGAAAGAAGUGCUAUGCUAAAUGAAUCAAAUGAGCUCUUUAGAAAGAAAGUUGCAUAUGCACUUUCUCAAGGAUUUAAGGUGAUUGAUGGUGUCAGUGAGACUCUUGAAUAA